AUGGAUUCAUCAACUGCUCCAUUAUCGAUUAUUACCAAACUAGCAUUAUUCGAAAGAACAUGUGAUUCGAGUUAUUCGCCGUUAGCUGAAAAUCUCAAAUAUUUGGUUCAAUUUGUCUAUCUACUACCAGCUGCAAUGCUUCACGCCAGAAUACUUUACAUAUUGCUCUGGAAGCAUAGAAAUCUGUAUUUAAAGCAAUCAUUUUAUAUUUUGUUUAUUAUGAGCUGCAUCGCGUGCUUCACAUUGGUGGUUCAGGAUAUUUUUUUUGCAAGGGUUUUUCAGUACAUGACACAGUUUUGCGAGCCAAUGUCGGAAUUUGUGGAGAAUUAUCCCAUCUUCCCGGCCAUCUACUACCCAUUACAACAACACCUUCAUUGUGCUCAACCAAUAAUUCAAAUACUCUUGACAGUAAACCGUAUGUCCUGUGUAGUUAUUCCCUGGAAGCAUAGUCAGGUUUGGAAAUCUUUUAUGAAAUAUGCUAUUGCAUUAGUAAUUCUGACUCCGUUUUUGUUCAUUUGGAAUAUUAUAAUUUCGAAGAAACUCCCGGUCUACACAUUUGGAGGGUUUUAUAUUGGAUACGAGAGAGUUGUUAUUUGGGCAACAAUGACGUUGUUCAUGCUUAUUCUCCGUGCUAUCACAAUAGUUAUCACAGCUGUAUGCACAUUCAUAACCGUUCUCCGACUAACCCGAAUGAGCAAACGACUUGUUUCUUCUGAACGUACUCUUUGCAUUGCCUCAUUCUUGAUAUCUUCGUGUUUUCUAGGAACAGCUGCCGCAGAAAGCCUAUUUGCUUUCCAAGUGGUGCGAACAUCAACGAGCAUCAGUUACUUCCUUCUACCAAUUUCAUGGGACAUACUAAAUGUGGGGACACCUAUUGUAAUGGUUAUGGCGUCGAGUCAACUGAGACGUCAUGUUUUUGGAAUAUUGAAGAGAUCAAGAAGUAAUAGUCGAGUCGAGGAUGGAACAAUCGUCACCGGGUUCUGA